AUAUUUAUAAGGCAAGCGGAAUUUUGUGAACCGCCCAACUUCUUAAACUUUGCGCGAGCUCGUAUGGUGAUGUCACGGAUUUUAAAAUGGCGGUUCCAACGUCUGCUUUGAAAUUACAUUCAUAAUCUACCGCUCACAGUUCAAAAAUAACACAACGGACAUCAUGUUUUGAGAGAAAUAUUGUUGACGGAUAAAACAAGACACUAUUAUUUUGAUCCAGAAUGGAUUCUGUGGUCGGAGAGGAUCAAACGCUGCCGUUUGACAUCAAUCUGAGUAUUUCCAGGCUGCCAGAGUCUCUGAGCAGCAGCGAUUUCAGCAUGGACAACAUAACAGCGCCUCUGUUUCCAGGACAGAGGAUGUCUCCAGCCAAAGCUCUGACCAUGAAAGAUUACGAGAACCAAAUCACAGCUCUGAAGAAGGAAAACUUUAACCUGAAGCUCAGGAUAUAUUUUCUGGAAGAACGUGUGCAGCAGAAAUGUGACGACUCCACAGAGGACAUUUACAAAACGAACAUUGAGCUGAAGGUGGAGGUGGAGUCAAUGAAACGAGAUUUGGCGGAGAAACAGGAACUGCUUGUGUCUGCAUCGAAAGCACUAGAGAGUUUAGCCAGUCGAGGUGUUUCUGAUGAUGGCAGAGAGAAGAUGCACAGAGAAAUGGAGUCACUCAGAGAAGCUUUCAACACUCGGAUUCAAGAGCUGGAGGAGUCUCUGCAAGCUGCCCAAGAAGAAUUGGAAAGCAUGGCCACCAUUGCUGAACAGCAGAAGCUGAAGAAUCUUGAAUUGGAGAAAAAGCAACAAGCUGCCAACCAAUCGAGGCCCUCAGCUGAUUCAGGCUCGACCCCCGAACGGGUCUGUGAGCUCCAGAAAGCCCUUCAGGAGAAGGAGAGUGUUAUUGAGCAGCUGCAGGUGACACUCAAAGAUCAAGAUGCCAUGAUUGGAGAGCUUCGGAGGAAUGAACCGGACCAUCCAAUAGGCGAGCAGAUGACACAGCUGAACUCCCUGAUUGGCCAAAAAGACAGUCAGCUACAGGUCCUUAGGGAAGAACUAGACCGUGGGAGAGAAAAUGCAGAAAGAGACAAACAGGUGUUCAUUGAUAGGCAAAAUGAACUGAGCAGAUUGGAGCAGAAGACCAGACAGCUGACUGAAGAACUGAACAUGGCCAGGGGCAGCAGCCAGACACUCAAACAGACACUAGAAGAAACGGAGAGAGAAAAGAAGGCUCUUUCUGAUGAGCUUCAGGAGAGAGAGAUCGAGCUGGCUGCAGAGAAGAAGAACUCUCUGAAACGAGACAAAACCAUCCAGGGCCUCACUCUAGUUCUCAAAGAGAAGGAAAAAGAGAUUGAGGAUUUAUCUGGUGAUCUUGAGGAGAAGGAUAAGGCUCUGGCUAAGGCUCGAGAGGCCCUUCAUAAAGCCAAAUUACAGAAAUAUCAGGGUGCUGAAGACCAGCAGUCUCUUCUCCUGGAGCAACAGGCUGAAUUGUCACGGCUCCAGGCGGAGGCUCACUCCUCGCUGCUGGAAGCCCAGAGGUUGCAGCGUGUUCUCGGCAGCAGAGAUUCGGAACUGUCCCUCCUUCAGCAGGCCAAACUACAGCUUGAACAAGAGCUGGAGCAAUUACAGCAACAGAAGAAGAAGGGAGACAAGACUGUUAAUGAUCUUCAGAACCAGUUGAAGAAGCUAAACGGCACUCUGGCUGACAGAGAGAACGCUCUAGAACAGCAGCGUCUGGAACAGCAAGAACAAAACCGUGCUUCUGAACAGAAACUACAGAACGCUAUAGAACGACUCACAGCCAGCUUGAAUCAUAAAGACCAGCAGCUACAGGACUAUAUGAACAUGGUUAGAGAUCUGGAAAAGAACAGAACCCAGGAGGAAGGUGAUCCCAUGAUGGCCAAACUGAGAGCACGACUGAAGGAGAAGGAGAAAGCACUUGAGAAAGCAUUGGAUGAUAAAUUUGCAGCCGUGGAGGAGAAAGAAAAUGAGAUCCAUUUACUGCAUCUGAGCUUGAGAGAGAAAGAGAGAGAUGUGGAACGUCUCAAUAAUCUGCUCUCACACAACGAGGAGACAAUUAACAGUUUUGAUGCUCUCAUAAAGGAGAGAGAUCUCGAGCUGCAGCAGCUGUUGAACUCACUGAAGAAUCUUCAGAGGUGUAAAGACGAGACUGAAGAAAAUCUUCAGAGAGCUCUGAGAGAGAAGGACGCCAUUAUACAACACUUAAAACAAGCACUGGACAACAAAACGAGAGACAUGGAGGAGAUGGCCAAUAGAGUUAUGAACCAGUCAGAGUCUCAGGGACGUGACCUUGCAGAGCAGAUGAGUCAGAGGUUAAAGCUCACAGAGGUGAUGCUGUCAGAGGCGGUGAAGGACAGAGAGAGACUAGUGACUGAGAACCAGACCGCUGUGGAAAAUCUGCUGGCCAACAUCAGCAGCAAAGACCAGCUUCUGAGGGAGAGUGCGGAACGUCACAGAAAGGCUCUGAAUGAUAGUGCAGCUGAAUUGCAGGAUCUGCGCAAGCAGUUAGCAGACAUGCAGCUGCAGCUCAGAAAUGCACAGAGACUGAACGCCACAGCGACACAGGAGGGACACCUAGAGACCGCUGAAUUCCGUGCAUUGUUGGCGGAGAAGGACGCCCUCAUCAAUAAGUUGCUAGAGCGUGGACAGGAGAAAGAUCGUAUCCUGUUGGAAAUGAAGACGGGUGAAACUCCGCCCCCUCAGGUGCUGGAGCUCAGACAGACCAUUGAGGUGUUACAGGAGAAACUUGUGGAGAGAGAAGCUGAGCUGAGCAGGCGAAACAGUGAGGAAACGCUGGAAAUAACUACAGUCAGUAAGAAAUCAGUGGUAGUUUUGAAGAAAGAGCUCGCACAGAAAACAGAAGCUCUUAAUGCAGCACUGAAGAGAGAGAACCAGCUCAAGAUUUCUCUAGCAGAGUCUCAGUCCAUGGUCUCAGAACUGGAGGCACGAUUAGAGGGUCACACAGCCAAUAUCGAGUCCCUUACAUCAACACUCAAAACUAAAGAAGAAAUCAUUACUGAGCUGCACCAGCGUUUGUCUCAGAGAGGGGACAGCCGACUGCCUCUGACCCGAGAUCAAGCCUCCCAACUGGGUGAGAAUGAAUGCAGCAUCUCCUCCCUCCCUCAGAGAGAAAGAACCAUCAUUGGAGGAGAUCGCCAACAACAGGAUGUUGCAUCUCUAUCUGAUUUGCUGACUGAGCAGGUGGAGUUAAACCGAGCUUUGAGAGCUGAGCAUCACCUCUACUCUGACCUCAUCAGAGCUGUCAAAGAGCAGGACAGUGUUCAGAGGCUCCAGGCACUGCAGUUGGAGCUCACGGCUGUUUCACUCCUCAGACAGCAGCUAGAAAGUGGCAUCCAGAUGAAUACAGAGCUGAGAGAUCAGCUACAGAAAGAGAUCCAGAGAGCCAAACAGAGAGAAGGUUCGAACCCUUCAGAGUUAGAGAGCAUGCGUGAUGCACUGGAGGAAGCUCAGCGCUGGAACGCCUCUCUGCAAGCCCGACUGGGGCAGAUCCAAAACCGUGGAGGAGGGGUUGGACAGGCCAACGAUUCUGUGGACACGCUGAGUUUGAUUGGCGAGCAGACGUCCUAUAUGAGUAUAUGUGUGGGGGAGGGGCCAGAGGAGGAGGAGCUCCAGCACUUGACUGUAGAACAGCUCAGAAUAAAGGUCUUAGAGCUCCAGACAGUAAAUGCCGAACUACAGAAGAGGCUGGUACUGAUGGAGAAUGACAUUAUGGGUAACGAACCAAGAGACUCUCAGGAAGAACCAGACCUUAUCAACCUAUCAACACCCACCAAGCAACCACAGAGAGAGCAGCCACCUACCGCUAGAGAUGAUGCGACACUAAUGUCUCUAAACACGAAGGGAGAUCGUUCUCCAGAAGAUUCCAGUGAAAGUAAUCAGCCAUCACAGACUCAGAGAGAGGAAGGCGCAGUACCACCCGUGUCCAGAUUCCUUAGGGACGAAUCUGAAAAAGAAGAACUCAAAACACUUCUCACAGACUGUGAGGCAGAGUCAGUCUCUCAACUCAGGGAGAAAGUGGCCAAACUCCGCUCGGAAGCAUCGGAACUCCGUGGACUUUUGAAGGAGGAAAACGCCACAGAGUCCAAAGAAAGCGCAGAGAGUUCUGGAGAAAGCGAUAGUCAUGGAGACUUGCACCAAACCGUGAAGGUGCUUCGCUCAGAAGCCAGAGGUCACCGAAGGAUCAUUCGACUGCUAAAAGAGCAGCUGCAGCGAAACUCGUCCUCUGAUGCUGGAAGUCAAUUCAACCCUGAAAUAAUGGUCAGCAUGGCCAGCAACAUGGAAAGAAAGCGGACAGACCGUAAAGAUUCUCAGAGGCAUGCCAACACACUGGAGAAAGAGAACAAACAAAGAGAAAGGAAAGAAAUGGAGGAGAAAGAUGAAAAAAGAAGGCAGGGCCAAUACACCAAACCCAACAAGAGUCAAAAGCAGCAUGUGGCCAGACAUGCAGCAAAUGUAAAAUCUCGGCUACCGGUACCUGUAAGGCCCAGUGGGAGUUCUGGGCAGAGCUCUGAGGAUCUGAGUGAGGUGACUUCAGACCACACUCGCCCCAGGAGCAAAGACCUGACUGGUGCGGAGGAGUCUGAUUACAGCACAGACAGCAAGAUGUCUUUGAGCUCAGCUCAGCACCUCGAAUUAGACCAUGUUGAAGAUGCUAGACUGAGUCCAACCACCGGAACAAAACAGAACACUAACAUCAGACAGAACGCUGACCAGAAUCUGGAAUCCGAGCUCAUGGCACAGUUGGAGUUGCUGAAUCAAGAAUGCCAGGAGAAGGAGGAGCUAAUCUCCCGCCUGAGGCAGCAAGUCCGGGAAUGGGACGAGCUACAGGCAGAACUACAGGAGAAGGACAAGCUCAACCGAGAGUACCUGGAGGCCCUGCAAGCAGCAGAGUCCACUAUUGCAUACCUCACCGCAUGCAGCCUGGACUCUGAGUGUGGAAUCGGUCAAACAGGUGAUGUAUCGUGGCAGCGUCAGUGUGCAGAUCUUCAGAAGGCUGUUGAGGAGAAAGACAGGCUCAAUGCUCAGCUCUUGGACUGCCUGAACACAGCAGAGUCUGCUAUCGCAUCACUUCAAAAUGUAGACACCACAAGCAGCCAAACAGAUCAAAUCCCUGGGCAAGCAGACCCAAAGAUUCUUUGUGAGAGGCUGGAGGACUUGAUUCGACAGGUCAGAACUUCUCAGCAAAGUGAGGACAGGUCAAGAGACCCACAAAUCCCAGAGGUUGGUGCGACACACGAACCUGAUUCUGACCUACGGCGACAAGUGGAGACAAUGCAGGAGUCGCUGUUGCAGCAGUGCAAGAUGAAUGCAGAGCUGCAGGAGAAGCUCUGGACUUCAGAAGCAGCUGUUAAAAAGUUGACUGCAGCUAUUGGCGCCAAGCACAACAGCACACAAGGUCUGGAGGGGAAUUACACUCCCCGACUGCAGGAAGGAAAGGUUCCCUCAUGGCAACAGCAACAGUUGACUGACUGUCUAUGUGAGUGCAUUAGAGCUGCUGAAGGCGCAGUCCAGUCUCUUGCAGACGUUUGCUCAAAACCGAACCAGUCUAAUGUGGACAACUUGUCUGGUUCAGAGUUGCAGCAAUGGCUGGAGAGGCUGCAGCAAGCUCUGCUGGAGAGAGAGUCUCUGUAUGACCCAGCCUGCACUGGGAAACGGCAACAAAAGACGAGCACGCCCAUUCAGAACCUGGAGAGCUCCAAAUCAUUACAGCAACAGAAUGUUCUGGAAUCUGUCUCUUCACACCAGAAUCUUCAUAAGAACCUCUUGAUGCUUCUUCACAUUCAUAUUGAGCAUGCUCAGAAAAUGACCAAACUUGAGAAAGAGCUUAGUGGGCAUGGCAAAAAUGUAGGAGGUGGAGAUGCACCUGGAAACGGCCAUGUCGAAAGUUUGCAAAAGGCCCUGAAGGAGAGGGAGAGGGCAUGUCAGAAAUUAGAGGAGAAACUGGCGAAUGCUCAGUCAGUCAUCGCUUUACACAGCUCAAACAAGGACAAACAAUCUGAUCAGCACAAAGCGCCCCCUGGUGAACAGGAUGAUAAAGGGGUGCAGGUGGAAGCGCAGGACCUUGGGUACGAAACAAGUGGAAGGAGUGAGACGGAGGUGGAGGGCAGUAGCACAGAUGUGGACGGUGUUUUGCGGUUGGUUCCUGCUCUGUCUCCUGUCCUCACGGGCACUCAGGACCGAUUUUCUCCUGACACUACCGCAUCCAGCCCCUCGUACCCCAGCUCUCCUGGCCUGAGCUCCCCUCGACCCUCUGACCCUCAUGCCGACCCCACUCUGCACAUCCAGCAGCUCAGGUCACAGAUCGAAGGACAGCACAAAGUCAUCCUGCACCUCCAGAGACAGCUGCGGAAGAAGUCUUUGUCCUCUGAGCUCCUGAGUGUGACCUCUGACCCCACAGCAGGUGAAGAAGAUGAGGAUACGAAGAUUAUGAAGGCUCAAAUCGCCCAGCUGAGCACUGAGCUGGAGAAAGAGAGAAGCCUGAACAGAACCAGCCAACCAGGCUCUCCAUCCAGAAUUGAGUCUCUGGUCCAGUCUCAAGCCCGGGAGUUGUGUGAGCUGCGGGAACAGAUCCGUGUGUCCCGUGGUUUGGGUGUGGAACAGCGUAAACAGCUGCUGGAGCUCAGAGGGGCUCUAGAGGAGUUACUCCAACCCAAUGAGAUGCACCAGAGUAUCUCUGCUCAGAGUAUCCAGCUCAAAGAGCAGCUGGACCGCAGUCUGGGCCUGCUGGAGAAACUAGAGCAGGUUUCUACAGGAGGUGCUGGUUUGGAUAAUGAGGAGGGAGCGGAGUCAGAAAUGAUGCUCAGACUCUCUGCAGAACUACAGGAGAAAGACCGGCUUAUUCAAGCUCUGCAACAUCGACUACGAAUGCAAGUUCCCAGAAUGCAUCAGUGCUCAGACUCCGAGAUGAGUGACAGGCUGUCCAAUGAUGGCACCACAUCAUUCCACGACAGCCCCCCUGCUCUGAGCAGGCAGACCACCAACAGACCUCACGCAGGCCUGAAGGCAACCAAUGGCGAUGCUUUUACAGAUAUGGGGCUGGUAUCCGGGGCUGUUGAAGGGGGCGUGAGUGACAGUGGAGAGGAGAGUGUCCGAAUGCUCCAGCGGGAGAAUGGGCGUCUGCAGGAGCAGCUGAGAGGCAGCGAGGAGCUGAACGCUACACUUCGUAGUGAACUGGACCUCACGCGCUCCAUCCUGAAGCACAACCCACAGAACCAGACUGAAGACAAACAGCCGGAGCAGCAGCAGCAGAACACGUCAGCGAGCAAGACUAUCAACUCAGAUCUAUUAGCAGAACAUCUGCUGGAGAUCCGAGCUUUGCGCCAACGUCUUGAAGAGACGAUCAGAACCAAUGAGAGACUCCGAGAACAGUUAGAAAGAAAGUUACAGGAAGCUGAGAAAGACUCAGCAGCCACUAACAUCUUCAUCGCUGGUUCUGAGGAUCAUCAGAGUCACAUCAGCAAUGAACUUCACUUCCUCCUGACCCAAAACCACACACUCAAAGAGCAGCUCAACCAGGGAGCGCGAGAUAAACAGAAGGAGAACGAUCGCCUGAGGGAAACUUUGGCCCGACGAACCGCUAAACUGGAACUGAGCAGAAAAGAGUGUGAAACACUAAAACAAGAGAGAACUCAACUACAGGACAACCUGUACAGGCUGCAGUGUGAGAACAGUCAUCAGAGGCAGCAGCUGUCUGACACCCAGCAGCUUUUGCAGUCUGUGCGUGUGGAGCUACAGGUACAGGAGCACAUGAAGAACUCCACACAGACUCACAAAGGAGAGGGCCGUGGGUCUGAUUCUGAGGGCGGUUCAGCAGGGGAUCUGAGCGAGCUGCUGGCCGAGAUCAGAAAGCUGCGUGUUCAGCUGGAGAGAAGCAUCCAGACCAACACCACACUGAGACAGAGACUAGAACAACAACUACUGACCCGCACUGACCACAGAUCAACUAUUAACAUCAACUACCUGCUGACUAAAACAGAUGAAGCUGGUAGAUCAGAUGUUCUUCACUUACAGACAGAUGUAUCUAGUGCUGCACAUGACAGUGGUAGUUCAGUGGACUCUGGUUCCCAUGCUCCGUCCCGGCUGGUACCGGGUCACCGGCUGUGGGCAGACAGACGCGGCCGUCACGUUCUGGGUCUGAUAGAGGACUAUAACGCCCUGCGCAAGCAGAUCAGUGAAGCCAAGAGACUCACUGCAGAUCUGGACACACAGAUACACGACAGCGGCAGGGCUGCGGAUCAGCUGAAGAGCUUCUCUGGCGGUGUGAACACCAUGCAGCAGGUCCUGGAGGAGGCCGCUCGACUUCUCAAACUGCUCUGGAGAGUCUCACUGCCCUCAGGAGACGGCACACACACUCAACAGGACGAGAUGUUGAGGAGUGAGAUCAGUCGUCUGAAGAGUCGUCUGUCCCAGCAGGAGAGGAUGCUGACCGGAACCGUGAAACGCCUGAGAUCCACCAACCAGCUCAAAGAGGGCAUGGAGCGCAUCAUCAUCGACCAGCUGUCUCUGACUCACGGCGUGCUGAAGAGAGCCAGAGGAAACCUGGAGUCUAACUAUCUGAAUGUUUUUGGGCUGAAGGGUCUGCAGGUGGAAGGACGUCCCACUGAAUGGCCAGUGACCAAUCAGCAGUUGAGGGGUGUGGCCAGUCCGCUGCCACGUUCAGGCAGAAGUUCAGCAUGCAGUGAGAACUCCUCCCACUGCAGCUGUUAGACACGCCCACAACUGAUGUCAUAUAUCGCCCUCUUCAUUUGCCUUUUUAAUUUAUUCUCUUCGAGGUACGCUGAUGCAGUACGGACAUAUUUGCACAUUUACAGUAAGCAUUUAACUGAUGUAAAAGGGAAUUUUUUUUUUUUUUUUUAAUAUUGGAAGAGAUUUUCUCCUGUAAAUAUUUUGAACUUUAGUUUUAUACUGUUUCCCUUGAAUGGUUUUAAGCAGUCUCAUGUUCCUGUGAUGUAUCAUCCUGCCUAACUCUAGUGAAGAUCUCAUAUUUUGAUGUAAAUGAGUGGUACAUUAAUGUAGCAGACUGUGAUACAAGUAAAUGUGUAAAACCCUCA